AUGGUAUUGGAAGAUAAGAUUAGUGGAUUGCCAGAUGAUAUCCUUGUAACCAUUUUAUCACUGCUGACAUUGAAAGAAGCAGUUGCCACCAGCAUCAUCUCUCGAAGAUGGCAAUAUUUAUGGAGAUCCCUCUAUAACCUCAACUUUAGAUAUGAAGAAAUCUUACAUCGUAAUGAUUCUUACACGGAAUAUAAUUGGUAUCGUAAAAUAUAUGGAGCUGAUUACAUGCAUACCUAUAUACAAGUGGUUAACCAAGUGUUGAGGCUUCAUAAAGGUCUAAAACUGCAUGAGUUUGGCAUUCAUUAUCCAUUAGAUGCAAGCGCUGGUUGUUAUAUUGAUCUUUGGGUUGCUUUUGCAAUCGCAUUUAGGGUUUCUAAGCUUGAAUUGAACUUCUUACCCUGUCCAGUCUCAUAUUGGGCAUUCGACACCAAGAACUACUCUAUCCCACUUACCCUCUUCGAUAGAUCGAAGGGGAUUGAGCCUUAUUUGAACUUACGUUUGCUUGACAGCCCUGGGCUAGAGAAUAUAAAGCAUACUGUUCCUCACAUGAAGUUGAAUUGCUUGGAGAUAUACCAUUGUUCUGGUUUGAAGAAUAUUGGAAUCUUUGCUCCAAAUCUUGUUUCCUUUAAGUAUUUAGGGCCCAGGACUUAUAUUUUGGUUAAGGAUGCUAAACAGCUCAUUAAUGUUUGCAUGUGUCCUUCUUGGAGAUAUGGGGAAUACCCAAUUACAAAUUCUUUGGGUUUACCUUAUAGGCAAAGCAAAGAUUUUGGUUUUGACCCAUUUGCUGCUUACUUUCCCCAGUUGGAGUAUUUGAUGAUGGAUGUUAGGUCUUAUACGGUACAAAAAGUAUUUAAAAAGGUCCCUUUAUUUUGCAAUUUAAAACAUCUGUCAUUGAGCACUUGGAAUUCUUCCCUCGAUCUCUUUGGGAUUCUACAUUGCUACAAAAUGUUUAGUUGCUUUGUCAAGGCAUCACCAUUCUUGCAUCGGCUCCAGUUACAUUUUGAGCUACCUCCCGAUAAAAACCAAGCAUUGAGAAGAAUUUCUAUAUCUCCACACCGAUAUCUAAAGGAGGUUUUGGUUUCUGGUUUUUUUGGCAAUAAGAUCGCUGUGGAUUUCAUCAUUGCUGUUUUCGAUUUUGCCAUUGAACUCGAAAAGAUUGAGAUAACAACAGUUUAUUUAGGUGAUCCUAGCAACUGCUUUAACUCGGUUAGACAUUCGGAGAUUGAUCUUAAUCUCGUUAGGGAAAGUAUUCAACAGCUCCAUGAAAGAAUGCCUGCAAAAGUUCAGUUGUAUUUUCUUGAUGAUCUUUGA